AGGACACAAGAAACACUCAACAUUCAGCAGCGCAAUACAAAGGUUCAUUCUCGCAGUCACCCUCCUGCUAUGCCGCGGUCCUUUCUCGUCAAAUGUAGAAGGUCUCAUCUACUCAGCCCGUAUAAGGAUUACGCAGAUGCUGAACAGCCUGUGCAGCGCAUGAAAGGACAGGAGAGUGGGCAUCCUGAAGAUGCCAUGCAGCCUGUGUGCCCUGCUGUAGGAGUCAAAGGUCUUCUGGGUGAAAUAAAAUCACCGUGGGAUGGGAUGGGAGUCCAGUUUAACCGUGCGACCACAGACGAUCAUUGGACGUCAGCAAAAGCUCCGGUGGAGGACAGAGAUGCUGCUCUGCUCGCUUUGCCAUGGUUGCCAAAACAACACCAGGCAUCAGAGAGGGAGAGGGAACUGGAGAAACUGGUGUGCUUGCUUCUCAACCACACAUCGCACACUGAUCUCAGAUCCCCCGUCAGCCAGUGUCUACUCUGUGAAAAGUCUCUGUCAGAAGUCCUGCUGUCAGGUGGCCUCCAAGCUCAUGUCUCUGUUCCCUUGACACCAUCACCCACAGCUACAGACAGGAUGCACAUGGCCUUCAGCUUCACAGGGCUUAGCAGCUACGGUAGAGCUAAGGACCGUAGCUUUGGCUGCAAGGUGUGCGGAAAGGUAUUCAAGCGCUCAUCCACCCUGUCCACACACCUUCUCAUCCACUCUGACACACGGCCCUACCCCUGCCAGUACUGCGGGAAAAGGUUCCACCAGAAGUCGGACAUGAAAAAGCACACUUUCAUACACACGGGUGAGAAACCACACGUGUGCAAGGUGUGCGGUAAGGGAUUCAGCCAAAGCUCCAACCUCAUCACCCACAGUCGCAAACACAACAGCUAUCAGCCGUUCAGCUGCCCUCGCUGUCAUCACACCUUCCAGCGUAGGCUGGACCUUCAGCACCACCAAGAGACGCAGUGUGGUUAUGGAAACAUUUAGACUCAAAACUGACGCCAGGAAGCAGGGCUGACAUUUAUAUAUAGUUCUCAGUCAUCCGUCACUGCCAAAGCAAAAAAGA